AUGCCAUCAUCUCCGAUAUCUCCUCUCUGCGAGAGGUGUUCAGCACUUUCUCCAAUCGUCACCCGCCGCCGCUCUAGUUGCGCCUGGAGAACACCAAAACGAAAAGCAUUGCUCAUUGGCAUCAAUUCCGUGGCUACAUCCAACGAAGCUGCUUUGCACGGACCACACCGGGAUGUGAGAGACAUGAAGUCGCUCCUCAUGAGCAAGUAUAGCUUCCGAGAAGAAGACAUACAGCUUCUUGUCGAUGACGGCUGUCUCGGUCACUUGCAGCCGGACCGCACCAAUAUCAUGCAAGGCAUCAAAAAACUCGUGGAAAACACCGAACCAGGGGACAAACUAUUCUUUUUAUACUGCGGGCAUACGAUUCAAGUCCCUAAAUCCAGUAUAACUGAAGAGUUCGACGAUGGGCUGGACGAAUGUAUCGUUCCAUUGGACGGUGAAGACUGUGCGAUCAAGGACUAUGAAUUACGAGCACAGCUGGUGGAUCCCCUUCCGAUUGGCUCCAGUCUCGUGGCUGUAUUCGACUCGUGUCAUUCCGCCUCCCUCCUUGAUUUAGAGCAUUUACGCUGCAACCGCGUGUUUGUUCCUUGGGUCUCUAAAGGUCAACGCAUGACUGGCGAGCUGCGCAAUCGGAUGGUGCGCCAUCUUGCUUUGCCGAUGACCUCGCCGACAUCUCCUUGCUCAUUAACAAGACUACCAUCACGAUCCUCUGCAACUCGAGCACGUUCUCGCCGUGCCUCAAUCGACAUCAUAUCAAGUCCCAUAUCUCCGCGAAACCGAGCACUUAGCCCAUUGUUGCUGUCGCCUGCUCGAUACACAGCAUUCUCACCGAACAAAAGUCCCAGUGAAGCGAGUCCUCGAUCACCGUUCACAACAAACAAGGGGAAUGUUGUAGUUUCUCCAGACGCAAUGCAACGCCGAAUCCCCCCUCCACUGAAGUUGUGGGAGACGAACAAGGAAAAUCUUUUCGUGUUGAACCCCAAUGAACGCGAAAGAAUUCCGCUUAUGAGCACUUCACCGACUCAGUUGACGCUCACUAUCGGGCCCAGCGGUCUGGAUAACGUUCCAUUUACGCCCUCCACGGCAACAGUACUCUCCCCAACAGCGACACUGUACGAUAGCCCGGUGCAAACGGUGUGCCAAGGUUGGUGUCGCGCAGGCAGUGAGCUUGCACUGCCUAUGAAAGCUGCCUCGAAACAAGCCUUUGUGAUUUCCCUUGCAGCAUGCAAGGACUCGGAACUGAGCUGGGAAACUGAAGAUGGAAGGAGUAUGACACAGGCCAUGAUCCAAGUUCUCAGUGAAGAUGCACACCCUAGUCUUCGAGAACUAGUGACGAGAAUCAGUCACAUCCUACAUGGCCUUGCACGAGAACGCCAUUCUCAAGCCUACGCAUGGAAGCGCUAUCGCAGAAAGCAUCCGAUGCUGCCACCUGACUCUGCCUCUUUCGACACGGAAACGUUUCAACAUCCUCAAAUUGCCAGCCAUCAGCCUCUUGAUAUGGAGAUGCGCUGGGAACUCUGA